AUUUUUUAACCAAGAGAUAUUUGAUAACAAAUAUCUACUGUAAAUUGACAAUAAUUUUGACGAUUCAUGACUUCAAAAAGUCCAGUGAUUAUCAUUUUUUUUAUGUCCCUUUAACUGUGAAUAUUUCCAUAACCAUAGGUUCUACAAGAAAAUGUGAUAGGACCUUUGUUGUAGCCAAAGAGGAUUGAUCGUUUCCUCCGGUAUAAAAAAGGUCAUGUGGUCCUUCCUCCUAUACCCCGUCGUUUUCGAAAUAAUCAUGAUGUGAAUUUGGCAUGAUAUUUUUUGUAGUCAUUGAAACUGCCUUUUUUAUUUGGUCGCGGGUGUUCCUGGGUUUUUAAUCAUUUUUAAUUACCCAUUCAACUGAUAUCAGUGAGGAAUGACAUGGAGUUGUUUGAAUGGAGCAGACAUAGGGGGAAAUGGAGAAAACGUACAAAUCGAGGAUUAGUUUGCGUAGAGGGCCACGAGUUGAUUAUUUACACGUGGGCAACUUUAGUUGGUCCCAGAGUUUUUUCAGUGCAUAACGUGGCGGGCUCAGGUGCAUGCACCUCUUCAUUUUUCAAACCUUUAUUUUUUAUAACGAAUUAGUCAAUUUUUACCUCUUCCUAAGACAAGACUCGCCUUUUCGACAAUGAAAUUCAUUUUUCUGCUUGGAGUGUUUAUUUUACCGGCACUUGUCAGUGCCUACAAGGAAAUUGACAUGAACUUACUCCAGUGUUUGAUUUGUAGAACAACGAUCGAAGAAAUGGAUAAUGUCAUGGCGAAAAUCGAUCCUUCCAGGAGUAUAGAUGUCGGUAAUUAUCGGCUGGAUGCCCAGGGCAAUAUUCUCAAGAAAUCGGUGCCCAUGAGGAAGUCUGAAGUGCACAUUUCAG